CUGGCAUGACGAGAAGAACAGUUAAAUGAUUUACAACGGUUUCUAAAGCGAAACGGUGUUCUGUAAUGUGCUCAAUGGAUUUUAUAUGUAUGUGCUGGAUUCCUCUACUGUGCUUCACAGGAUGGUCAGAAGGAGUGCAGGUAACAGCACUUGACAAAAAGAAAAUCUCCAUGCUGUUCCAGUCUGUGACUCUUCGCUGCAAAUUUUCCACAUCCUCAACACAACCUCCAGUGGUGCAGUGGUGGUACAAGUCAUUUUGUCAGGACCGCACUUUGGAUGCUUUUAGCUUCUCUGAUUCUAACAAGAUUUCAGAGCCUUCUUCCUCACCCAGUUUGGAAUGUCCGGAUACCAGCAGGACAGUGCGGCCUGUAGCAUCUCGGCAGGGACUUGGAGUCACCCUGGGAGAGUAUUACAAGGGCAGGGACAUCACCAUUUCAAAUAAUGCGGACCUCCAAAUUGGAGAGCUCCAGUGGGGGGACAGUGGCGUAUAUUACUGCAAAGUAGUUGUUCCAGAUGAUUUAAUGGGACAAAAUGAAGAUAAGAUGGAACUCUUGGUCUUGGGUAAGACAGGGGCGCUUGGUGAUCUCUUGCCCAAUUUUGAAGUGGAGUUUAUGCCAGAAUGGGUAUUUGUGGGUGUGGUGAUCUUGGGAGCCUUCACUUUCAUCCUCUUCAUUGGUAUUUGCUGGUGCCAGUGCUGCCCUCACAGUUGCUGCUGCUAUGUGCAAUGUCCAUGUUGCCCAGAAUCCUGCUGUUGUCCCCGACAUUUGUAUGAAGCUGGAAAGGCAAUAAAAACUGGAGCCAUCCCACAUCUUCCAGUUGUUUACCCCCCUUACUAUGUGCCUAAUGUUCCACUGGCCACCAUUGGGCCUCCGUCAAUAAUUGAACAAAAACGACAACCUUCAGUCAAGGAGAACAGUGUGAUAGAGGCUCAGCGUGGAUAUGGAAUUCAAGGCUGCAUUGAUCAGGACCCUAUGAAGGUUUUAUAUUAUGUAGAAAAGGAGCUUAACCAGCUUGACUCAGGAAAGAGAACAUAUGAAAAAUCCAGCAACAUGUCAGAGCUGAGUUCGCUGCAUGAAGGAAAUUCGGAUUUCCAUCAGUCUUAUCGACUUGUGCAUAAGAAGGCUCUGCCACCCAUCAGCGACCGCGAGGAAGACCCUGAUUUUGAAGUCUCCUCCUCCUAUGCACGCCGAUCGGCCCGCUACCCUAACAGAAUUAACCGAGCGGAAGAACAGUACCACAGCAGCAGGUGGAAGCCCAGAUCAGAACAUCUUCAAAGGAAAACAUUACAAGCCAGUGGACGCACUGGGUCUCUUGAUGAAUUAGAAGAAUUUGCUCAAUCCUACGAUCAGAAAGGGAGGCGCAUGUACCAUGAACCUAACCAGGACCGGGAGUAUGAGCAAGACUGCUACCCUCCUUCCUUUAGAGAUCAUCAUUACCACGAGGAAAAACAGAUGCACCCCCAUAUGGACCGGUAUGCAUACCAGGACACUUUUCCAGACGACUAUUACAGUAAAAGAGGCAGAAGCCCAGAUGGCUUUUAUGAGUCAGACAGAGGACGCCAUUAUAAACCUCCUUCACCAAAGAGGAGGGAACCUGUUGACAAUUACCCACUUCGAAAUUCAUGUGGGAACCGGGCUUAUGAUAAUACCUUCUUAACAAGUGUUUUAGAAAGGAAAGCCAGAGGCCGACAUCUAGAGGAGAACUACAAUAGUGAGACUCCCUCAAAAUCCAGUUCCAAAAAGAGCAAUGACUUUUCUCAUAGCCGAUCUCCUAUUUACCGUCAUGAAGAGGAAGACUCUUUGCCGCCUUACUCAGAAAGGGAAGCUGAGAGGCAUAAGCCAACAGAGGCCUCAGCCAGGCCUUUCUGCUACACCAGGGACAACACACAUCAAAGCAGCCUGCAUUUAAUGCAUGAGAGGAGAGACAGGGAGAAAUUCAGAAAAAUGAAGAAUCGUAUAUGCAGUACCCAAAUGGUCACUGAGCAUUAAUACUGCUAUUCUAAAGAACACUAUACCAAGCAGAGAUUCUCUCAUCGUUUGAAGCCAAAACAUCCUAAGAUAACAAAUGUGGGAUUUCUAUGGCCUUUAGAGGACUGAAGCCACCAGAAUUUAAAGGAUUAGUGAGUAUGUCAAAGAUGGACUCAAUUUGGGAUUUUGCAACAGCAAGUGAGAGACUAUGAAUAAUUAAAACAACCAUUGGGCCGCAAAAUCUAGGUGCUACAUCAAAUGGUAAACGUUACACACAGUUAACGUUAGUAAGAAAAUCCUCGCCUUGGACUUGGCAUGGGCACCUCUUCUAAUUAUGAUUGCUUGAAUGUUUUAUUUUGCUAAAGAGUAUAUGAGAAUCAUUUGAAAGAAGGUAGUGGUUGACUGCCAAAACACCUGUCACAAUUGUUUGUUAUUUUUAUGUUUGCCUCUUUUAUGCUUUUUAUGUCUGUUACUUUGUUAAUAAGUAACUGAUUCACCUUAAUUGGCUUCGGAAAUGUUGAUUUCAGGUGCUGUUAAUGUAUAACUAGUAGGGCAGGAAAAUAAACCAUGAACCUGAAGAUGACAUGUACAGAGGCCAAAUCUUAACUGUCAGCAUUUUAACCAAUGAUGUGUGAGCACUCGCUCACAAACAAGAGUCCAGCUUGAAAAAUGGUGAAAUAUCAGAGGGACAACUGCAUGUGGACUGAGCAGAGCAGAUCACGACAAAGCAGGGUUAUGGUUAGCGAGAUACUUGAUAAUCAGCCUUUUGAGAGAGUCAGCAUUUCAUGAGAGGAGAUAGAUGAGAUUUGGGGCCCAUGAGGCUUGGUCAGUAUUCAAACAAAAUAUAUUUAAAAACCAAAUUUCUUUCUUUCUGGUGUUUAGAAAAGGAAUAGCAGCAGAUGAAAUGCUUAUCUCUUCAUGUGUCAAUAAGUGGUUUGGGGUGGGAGGGAGGUCAAGGACAGCAGAAUCUCAGCACACAAGAAGUUGUCUGUUUUAUUAUAAACUCUUUUAGUAAUAUUACUAUUAUGAUAAAUAGAACUAUUCAUCUUGUUUAUUUUAUGACUGUCAGUUAUUGCAAUAAUCUUUUGCAGUUAUUUUUUUAAGUUAUACAGUUUAUCAUUUUUGUACUAAAUGCUUUUAGUCAUCUGUUGGAACUAUUUUAUGAACUCUUUUACUCAGUAUGGAUUGCAGGUGGUGGGAGCCUAGCCUAGUAGCAAUGGGCACAAGGUAGGAUUAUACCCUGAGUGCGGAAGCACUGUAACCAAUUAGCUCUCAUGGUUUGAAUUAUUUAUUAACCAUUUUAGUUAAGUAAAACAAAUUUGGAAGUAGUAGUAGUAAACCAAUAUAGAUUAAACAGAUAAAUGUAGGAAGGUUUAUGAUGUGCAGCUAUUAAAAAAGAACCCUACUUGUAUAACGUCUUAUCAGUAAUAUCACUGGCAAGCACAACAAAUUUGGCCAAAACAUUUACUACAUAGUAAAGCCAGAUCAGUAAAGUAGAUCAGAAGAAUCACAUUUUAUUAAGUGUAGUUUUUGUUUUCUUAUUUUUAUUUGUUUUAUGAAUGAAAACGGGACGCCAUAAGAGCAAAGAAUACCCAAUAGAAUACUGAAGACACUGGUUGUUUUAGACAAAGUCGGAAUAUACUAUAAAAUGCUUUAUAACCCCAUUCAUAAAAAUAACUAAAAUGAAUUUAUGUACUUUAGACUUGAUCAUGUAUAUGUGUUUAAAAAUAAAUGUUGUGUACUGAGCAGCAUAAAUUAUACCAGAGUUUGGGUUGUUAAUUAAAAUGUGUCACUUGCAUCAUUGUUACUCCUAACUUAAAUAUUCAAAGAAUAAAUACUGUAUGUGUGUAUAGAUUCCAUCUUACCAGUAUUCUCUGGUUCUACCCUGUGAACAUUCAUCUUGCAAAAGUAACAGAAGGAAAUCGUCAUGAUCUGGCAUUUAUUUAUUUAUUUUAAUUUACAAUUUCACCCUGCCCUCUACAAGUAAUUGAAACGUCUUUUAAGGGUUUUAAACAUCAGAGUAUCUUUUGAAUCUAACACAUUUUUAAUGGUGUUUGAAAGUUAUUAUGUUCUCUUGCAGCACUGUUAUGGAUGCCACUAUCUUAACCCCCAUAGUUAGGAAAACAUUCAUGAGUUGGUGGGCAACAUCUGGCAGUGCCGAGUGACAUUACUAUUAUAACAUCUCAUA